GGGUGACAUCAUCAGUGAUGUCAUCAGAGCUGCCCUGGUAUUUAAGCGAGGAGGGUGCAGAGGGCAGGGCAGAGAGAAGGCUGGAGAGGCCGUCAUCUGGACCACCAUGAGAGAGAUCGUACAUCUGCAGAUCGGACAGUGUGGGAAUCAAAUCGGCUCCAAGUUUUGGGAGGUGAUCAGUGAGGAACAUGGGAUCAACGCCACAGGGAACUACGAGGGCGACAACGUCCUCCAGCUGGAGCGCCUCAAUGUUUACUUCAACGAGGCACAGGGGGGUAAGUAUGUCCCCAGAUCUCUGCUCAUUGAUCUGGAGCCUGGCACCAUGGACAGUGUAAGAGGCAGCAGGAUCGGAAAGCUCUUUAGACCCGACAACUUCAUCCACGGAAACUCCGGGGCAGGAAACAACUGGGCUAAGGGUCACUACACGGAGGGUGCAGAGCUGGUGGAGCAGGUGAUGGACCGCGUCCGUAGCGAAAGCGAGGGCUGCGACUGUCUGCAGGGGUUCCAAUUGGUCCACUCCCUGGGCGGAGGCACCGGCUCAGGCAUGGGCACCCUCCUCAUCAACAAGAUCAGAGAGGAGUACCCUGACCGCAUCAUGAACACAUUCAGUGUCAUGCCCUCCCCCAAGGUGUCAGACACUGUGGUGGAGCCCUACAACGCCACCCUCUCCGUGCACCAGCUCAUCGAGAGCACGGACGAGACCUUCUGCAUCGACAACGAGGCACUCUACGACAUCUGCUUCCGAACGCUCAAACUGACCACGCCCACCUACGGAGACCUCAACCACCUUGUGUCCCUGACCAUGAGCGGGGUCACCACCUCCCUGCGCUUCCCCGGACAGCUCAACGCCGACCUCCGCAAGCUGGCCGUCAACAUGGUACCCUUUCCCCGCCUGCACUUCUUCAUGCCGGGCUUCGCCCCGCUUACCGCCAGAGGGAGCCAGCAGUACCGAGCCCUCACCGUGCCCGAGCUCACACAGCAGAUGUUCGACCCCCGCAACAUGAUGACGGCCUGCGACCCCAGGAGGGGGCGCUACCUCACCGUGGCGGGGAUGUUCCGCGGGGCCAUGUCCACCAAAGAGGUAGACGAGCAGAUGCUGGCCGUGCAGCAGAAGAACAGCAGCUACUUCGUGGACUGGAUCCCGCACAACGUCAAGGUGGCCGUGUGUGACAUCCCUCCCCGAGGCCUCAAGAUGGCCGCCACCUUCAUCGGCAACAACACGGCCAUUCAGGAGAUUUUCCGCCGCAUCGGGGAGCAGUUCACCCUCAUGUUCCGCCGCAAGGCCUUCCUCCACUGGUACACGGGCGAGGGCAUGGACGAGAUGGAGUUCACGGAGGCGGAGCAUAACCUCAAUGACCUUGUGGCCGAAUACCAGCAGUACCAGGAUGCAACAGCUGACCUGGAGCUGGAGGAGGAGGAGCAGCAGGAGGAGGAGGAGGAGGAGGAAGAGAGACCGUCAUCUAGUAUCGUGACAGUUCAAACAAGAACGGAAACUAAGACUGAGACUGUGAAGGAGACGAGCGCUGAGACUGUGAAGGAGACGAGCGCUGAGACUGUGACGGAGACGAGCGCUGAGACUGUGACGGAGUGAGGGUGUUUGUGAUGGAGUGAGGUGUGUUUGAGACAGGUGGAGGUGAUGCCUUCACUGAGCCACAUGACGGUGUCAGGAAACCUCAACUAUUUUCUCUCAAAAGACUUGAAUUUUAGCUUUUUUCCUUAGUCUUUUACUCAUAUAAGAGUGAACUAUUAAUAAUCAUUCACAUCUUUUAAAAAAAAUGCUGGCUGUACUGCGAUGUUGUUGACUUUUUUAGUUGUUAUAUGAAAAUAAAAUGUGUACAUAAUUUGUAUUUACAGUUUUCUUCCUAUAUCACAAUUAUAUUAUUAAUAUUAAUAAUGUGUCAUUGUACUGUUGUAAACACAACGUGGAUGUCUUAAAUUGGUUUAAAUGAAGAUAAACAGUAUGUGUUUAAAUAAAGUAAUCUUCACAAUUCA